CAUCAAUUAGUGGUACUGUGCAUGUGCAGUUUGCCGAGGGUUUGCACUUUAGUGCUAUUUUGUGUUGUAUUUGUAUUUUUCUGCAUUUGUUUUAUUAAAUGUAUUUGUAUUAUUCUUCAGGAUUGUAGGUUGGGAAGAGGAGGAGGAGAGAGGAAGGUUGGGAAGAGGAGGAGGAGGGAAGAGGAGGAGGAGGGAAGAGGAGGAGGAGGGCAGAGGAGGAGGAGAGAGGAAGGUUGGGAAGACACAAUUACAAGCGGCAGAAGUGAAGAUCAAACAAAGUUUGUUAAAAAUUAAAGAUUAAUUCACAUGCCAAUAUACUGGUUUUUCCUUCCCUCCCCUCUCUCUUGUUCCCUUUCCAUGUUGCCUUGACACUCUCUCCAUACCAUUGUCUGUGAAGUUACGACAGAUUUGGAGUCUAUUAAAAAAGCAGCAAAAAAUUAUUUCUGAUUUUAAAAAGUAUUUAACAAUCCUAGGCUUAAAAGCAAUGAUUUCAAUUUCUUGUACAGGUUUUAAUGGAAGGGGCAUCCAAAUUCCAAUUAGAUUGAUUAAAACAAUGUAUUAUGCCUCUUACAGAAGUGAUUAUUUCAGUUGGUGUUUGUUUUUGUAUUUUUUUGUCCAAUGUGUGUUUGUUUGUGUCACAAAGACGAGGUCUUGGACCACGUGCUGAGGAUUGACCGGAUAUUCAAACAAUCUCAGAGAGUUAAAAACGCUACAGCAAUGGAUGGCGGCUACAAUGGCGGGCCGACCGACCGAUAAAAUACUACAGUUUCAGAGACAGCAGAUUUUCUGACGGAAGUCUGCCUUGAACCCUGAUGUUAGGAAUUGGAGAAAAUAAUAAUACAAAAGGAUGAUAGAAUAGAUGAUGAAGUAAAGAUUAAUAAAAACCAGGAAAAGAUAAUAGAGAAAAACACAAUGGAGAUAAUGGAAAAGUGGCCUACAUAAUGAAUGGGGGAUAGAGGGGAAAGGGGAAGAUUACCCACCCCCAUACCUUUCUCCCUCGAGGGAGAGGAGGAAGAGGAAGAAGCCCCAUUACCCACCCCCAUACCUUUCUCCCUCGAGGGAGAGGAGGAAGAGGAAGAAGCCCCACUAAACAGGACAAGGAGGUUGAGGAAGAAGAAGAAAGAGGAAGAGGAAGAAGCCCCAACAUCUACCCUCCUACCUCCCCCACCCACCAAGAAGAGAGAGAUGUUGGUUCUGAGCCACCCUUCUGCACAAUUUCCAGUUGCCAAAAAUCGGAAAUUAAAAAGAGAUGAUUGACACCCUGGAAGAUUACCAGAAACAAGAUGAGCUAACACAAAUGACAAGAUUAUGCAAUGAAUUAAAAGAAAAUGCCCAAAAAUUGGAAAAUAAAGAAAGAAACAUUAUUAACGCCCUGGAAGAUUACCGGAAAAUGCUUGGGGAAGUGAUGGAGCUAUCAAAUAUCUUCCACAGAUUACCCACCCCCAUAGAGGCAGACAAAUUACUAUUAGAGAUUUUUAAAAUGUAUUGUCUGUAUUAGAGAUCAUUUUUUGAAGUUGUUUUGUCUUGUUCUUUGACGGGAUGACUC